CAGCGUCAGGCAUUUAUCAGGUCUACCUCACCUAAACGUCACUAAUAUUUCUUUAAAUACAAAACAAUUCUAUAAUAUCACCAGAAACAUAACAAAUUUGUAAAAAUCGUUUAUUUGUUUUAGCCUGACCACCCCUAUUUUCCACACAUGCCCUGCGCGAGUCGACUCCGGCUGUCCCUCUUUGUCCGGCAACGAGCAGGCCGUAAUUAACAUGGCCAAUUUCGCGUUUGGGGAUAAAUAUUAAAUCGUAAGUCUAUUUGACAUUGAUUGUUUGUCAUAUGCGGGUUGACAUCCAUGUCUUGAUGCAACAGUCAGGUGUAUAUGAAUGAGCUGUGUGAGCAACGUUUACCGUCUUUACCUUGCUUGCUGAUGGCUAAACGGCUAACGGUAGCUAGAUCGCGAAUUCAAAUCACGUUUGAAUUAAAUUCAAACGCUUAAAGCGUCAUUUACAGUCGCACUGUAGUUUCGAAUCGAAAGCAGUUUAAAAUGGGGGGAAGAUCUCGGCGUGCUUGCAUCUGAAUGACAUUUCGACGGCCGUCCAGGUAGAAACACAUCUGUAUGUGAUCACAUUACAGGCAGGCAGAUGUGUAUUCACAUUCAGUCCAUCCCAAUCACUUCUUAUCACGGCUGGUUUGAGUGCUUGCAAAGAUCUUUUGGUUAACAUCUUUAGACGUAUCUGCUGCGAUGCUCAUCCAGAUCGCGUUAUUAUUUGGGGGUGCAUGCGUUUAAACGGGCUGAAAAUGAUAAAUCUGACUCAAAUCAUGAAUGCAUCCUUCAGACAUGUUGCUGAGUAGGUGCCUGAUCUCAUUGGCCCAUCGGUACAGUUAAAAUUAAGCAUUUCACGCGCAAUUCCUGGGGCUGCGGGGUGAUACUCGUUGGACCCGAGGAGGUUUUCGUCAAAUAAAGUAAUUUCUGUAAAUGAACGGUGUCAUGGCACCGCACCGACAGUCAUUUUAAUGGCGGGACAGCAGGCGGGACAGAGUCAAGGAAAACGAGGCAAAGGUUCCCAGAUGAAGAGCCCAGAGAAAAAGAAGAGGAAGUCCAACGCUCAGGGGGCAGCAUUCUCCCACCUCUCUGAGUUUGCACCCCCUCCUACUCCGAUGGUUGAUCACCUGGUGGCCUCUAACCCUUUUGAUGAUGACUUUGGUCCGCCGUCGCGAUCUGGUGGAGGGGGUGGUCCAGGUAGUGCCUCUUUUCUGCCCAGUCCAGGGGGUGGUGGAGGUGGCUACGGUGGACCCGGUCGAAUGGGAGGAGGUAUGGGAUUCAUGGGCAGCCCAGGUGGACCUGGAGGUGGACAGCCUGGCCGACGACCCCCUUUCGGUCCGCCAACACCGAAUACUGGACCACACCACCCACUCGGAUUUGGGGGAAUGCCGGGCUUUGGAGGUGGUGGAGGCGGAGGAGGUGGUGGAGGAGGAUUUCCACCAGGAGGCCCAUCCCAGUUUAACAUGCCACCCAAUUUCAGCCCACCCAUGCACCCUGGGCAGGGCUUCAAUCCAAUGUUGUCACCUGGAGGUAUGGGUGGCGGUCCAGGAGGUGGAGGUGGUCCACCUCAUCCAAGGUUUGGGAUGCCUCAGCAGCAGCCUCCACAUGGACAAGGUGGCCAUCCCUUCAACAGUCCACCCUUACCUGGCGGCCCUGGCCCUCGUGGGCCUCCGCAUGGCCCCAUGAACCCUAUGGGGGGUAUGGGAGGAGGAAUGAACAUGAUGGGCAUGGGUGGCGGAGGUGGUGGGGGUAAUAUGGUGGGUGGACAUCCAGGUAUGCCUCCACAAGGACAGUUCCCUCCUCCACAAGAUGGCCCGUACCCUGGAACAAGUCCUCCUGUUGGUGAAGAGGGAAAGAACUUUGGUGGUCCAGGUGGUGGUCCACCUGUUCCCUCUCAACAGCAACCACCUAACCUUAACCCCUCCGGUCCUCCAUCCAACAAUGCCACCCCUGGUCCAUCCCCUGCCCCUGGACCCUCACAGCCUGGAGGAGGUUUCCCAGGUCAUCCAGAUGUCCAACAACCCAACCCCAACACACCAGGACAACCCCAGUCGGCUCCUCAACCCCCCAAUCCCAACUCGUCCCCCACUGGCCCCCAUAACGGUCCCCAGCCUCAACAAGCACCAACCAAUCAGCAUCCUCCACCCAACUCCACUGGUGGCCCUGGCCCCAACACCCCAUCCAACCAGCAACAACCAACGCCACCAAACUCUGCUCCAGGUUCAGUGGCCUACAACCAGCAGAACAAUGCUCCUGGAGGUCCAAUGCCAAACCAGCCACCCAACUCCAACCAGAACAACCUUAACAACAGCAGUGGUGGCAACACCCCAGGUAGCAACCCCAAUCCUCCAUCCAACUCCAACUCCACACCCAACACCCAAUCCCCGCUUCCCAGUGGGCCCGCUCCACCCUCUGCUGGCCCGGGCUCCGGUCCCCCAAAGCUAGGUGGAGGCAUGGUGUUCCCUUGUGGCCUCUGCAUGUCAGAAGUGCAUGAUGACCAAGAGGCCAUCUUGUGUGAGGCCUCCUGCCAACGAUGGUUCCAUAGAGACUGCACAGGCCUAACUGAGCCAGCGUAUGGGCUGCUAACCAGGGAGAGCGCCGCGGUGUGGGCUUGCGACUUCUGCCUCAAGACAAAGGAGAUUCAAGCUGUUUAUGUGCGCCAGGGACUAGGACAGCUGGUGGCUGCAAAUGAUGGCUAAAGGAGAGGAGAAGAUUGGGGAAGAGGGAUGUUUGAUUUAUUUCUUGGUGCUUUAUGUUUUGUGUUUCACGGUGAGAAAGUGAAAUGGAAGUGAAGAAUUAAUCCACCAGAGGAGAGCGAGACAUACAGAUAAAACUGAACUUCUUAAUCUGAUGUUACUUCUUGCAUUUGUUUCUUCACAGACCUCAUAAGCACUUUUAAGGCCCAUGUCUCUGAUUAAAAAGCAUUGAAACAGAUGUUGGAAAUGUUUGUAUAUAGAACAUCAUGACACAUUUUCAAAAUUCAGCUGUUUUUGAUUGAUGUUGCACUCAUAGGUCUUCAUUUCACCUUGGUGACAAAUUUGGAGAAGCAGAUUGAUUCUGGCCACAGUAAAAAGCAAAAUUCAAUGUUUGUACAAGAAUUUAACCUUUUGUGUGAUUAUACCCAAGAUCAGCCUCCAAAGAGCUGUCCAAUCUUUUUUUUCUUUCCAAAAUCCACCUUGUUGAUCUGCAAAGCACUGAUGCCAACUUGCUACCUCAAAAAUUUUGACAUGUCUGGCUAAGAAUGCUUUGAUUAAGUCAAGAGUGUAUAGUCACCACACAACCUCUCCUCUCUUCUCAGUGAUUUCCAUUUCAGUAUAUCCAAAGGAAAACGGCAGCGUCCUGAAAAAGGCAUAUAAGACAUGUAGAUAAUCAACAUUUCACUGUGUCUUUGAAUACACGAGCGAUUUGACAGAAAUUGGAGUCCUGCGAUUCAUUGUUAAUAAAACUCUAGAUUGUUUCUUUUCAUGUACAGCUACUCACUGUUCUUGACACAAAGUGGACAAUGAUGGAUGGUGGCAUAGCCGAUAGUGGUAAUCCAUAACCAUAUCAGUGUAUGUAGUCUUUGGAUUGCAUGUGAACCAAUGCAGUACUUUGUCAAAACUGUUUUAAUUGUUACUUUUACUGUUCGAUUAGGCCUCAUCCUGGGCUUUGAAGUAGACCAAAUAACACAACGAAAUCAAAUGUUGUCGCGGAGUAAGAUGUUUGCAGUUUGUUUCUUUUUUUAUUUCUGCAUUUCUGUCCAAGUUGCCUUUUUCUUAUUUGUUACUUUUUAUGUACCUGUGUGUAUGCUGUUCAAUGUGCUUGCUCUGGUGGCCUCCAUUCGCCAGCAUUGUGCAGUAAUAUGGUGGGGUUUUCUGGCCUCUGGCUCUGUACUGAAAGAAGUAAAUUGAAUUGUUUUUUACAAGUCUUUUUUGUGACCUUUUCUUAUUUAAUUAAAUAUAGGUAAAAAAAAAAAAAAACUAAGGCAUAUAAUUAAAGAUAUAUUUUUUAACGUGUUCAUUUCAGCU